AUGCAGCAGGUUGAGCGUGUCCUAGGCUACGAGUUCUCAAACUCUAAGCUUAGAGAUGAAGCUCUCUUAGCAGCUGGCACGAGCGUGUCGGACCCCAAGGUUCGUGGAGACCUGCGCGGCAACAAACGACUCGCCAUGGUCGGAGAUGCCGUGCUCCAGCUCGUUGUUCUCGAGAAAUGGUACGGCGAAGGCACGGAUCCAUCGGUUGGGAACAAACUACUCAAAGAAACUGUGUCGAACGCCGCUCUUCGGGUUCGUGCGUCCAAGGCGCAUUUGCAACACAUGAUACGUUUGAACCCAUGCCAGAAGGGAGAAGCGCCCCAAGAAACCUUGGCCUCGACGGUCGAAGCCCUGGUUGGGGCCGUCUGGUUUGAUUCGAGUGGAGAUAUUGAUAUGGUUCGAGAAGUGAUGGCCAAGUUGGGUGUCUUCCGUCACGAGUAG